CAACAGGAGCUUGUGGGGUGAACAGCGCGGUUGUAGUAAUCUGAGCUGCCUACCUGCCUCCACGUGACCCUGCCCUGCACAACAGCCAUGUGCAGUCCACCGAGCCCUUCUCCAGCGCGAUGGUUCAAAGCGCUGCGAAGGACUAGGCUGGGGGAGCCAUGUCUGAAGACUUACCCUCUGGAGUGUGUGAAUCUGCUGAAGAGGGCUAGAAUUGCCUUUCAAGCUGGACGCACCCUCACGGAAGGCUUCAGACUGGCGCAGCUGGAGGCUGUGGUGCGGAUGCUGGAAGAACAUGAGUGUGACUUUGUGGAUGCUCUAGGAAGGGACCUUCAUAAGCCACGGUUUGAGACAGUUGUGUCAGAACUGAUUCCUGUCAAGAAUGAGGCAUUUCAUGCCAUCGGCAAUCUUAAGAAGUGGAUGCAGCCGCAGCAUGUGGAAGGAAAUAUGUCCACCACGUUGGACGAGUGUCUGGUGGUCAGUGAGCCGCUGGGGGUGGUGUUUAUCAUUGGAGCCUGGUGUAGUCCUGUCCAGAUGUGUCUGGUGCCGCUGGUAGGGGCCAUCGCUGCAGGAAACUGUGCAAUCAUCAGCCCCUCUGAGUGCACCGCUCACACAGCAGAGCUCCUUCAUCGCCUCAUCCCCUUCUACUUGGAAAAUGAAUGCUUCCAUGUGAUUAUUGCAGGCAUGAGUGACUUGCCUGAAGUUUUGGAACUAAAAUACGACCAUGUCUUCUUUACAGGAAACAGAGAGGAGGGAAGCAGAAUUGCUCAGGCAGCAGCUCGCACACUCACACCUGUCACCCUGGUUUUGGGUGGCAAGAACCCAUGCUAUGUGGACCAACACUGUGAGAUUGCCACCACCGCACAGCGCAUCGCCUGGGCACGUUUUCACAAUGCUGGGCAGAACUUGGUGGCUCCUGACUACAUCCUGUGCCACACGAACGUCAAAGCACAGCUGGUGCAGGCCCUGAAGGGCUGUCUGAUGCAGUUCUACGGUUCUGAUCCCAGAGAGUCCCGCAGUUAUGGCCGCAUGGUCAAUCUAGAGAUCUUCAACCGUACGAGAGACAUGCUGUGGAGAUCUGGCAAGGUGGCCGUGGGUGGGCAAGUGAUAGAAGCAGAGAAAUAUAUUGCCCCAACGAUUUUGACAGAGGUAACAGGACCAGAUUCUGUCAUGCAACAAGAUGUUUUUGGCCCAGUUCUUCCUGUUCUGACUGUAAUGUGUAUGGACGAGGCAAUUGCUUUCAUUAAUAAGCAAGAGAAACCGCUCUGCGUGUAUGCAUAUUCCAGCAACAGCAAGGUCAUCUCAAGGCUGAUGAGUGAGACCUCUAGUGGAAGCUUUUGCUCCAAUGACAGCAUCCUGCAGAGUCUUAUGGUGACUCUGCCAUUUGGUGGAGUUGGUGCGAGUGGAAUGGGUUCCUACCAUGGCCGCUACAGCUUUGACACCUUCUCUCACAGGAAAUCAUGCCUGCUAAGAGGCACACGGUUUGAGUGUGUAACCUAUCUGCGUUAUCCGCCCUAUGAGGACCGCAAUCUGUCUCUAAUGACAUGGGCCAGCACCCUGUCCCAGAAGAGCCAAGGCUGGUGCCAGAUCCUGUGACUGCGUGGUAGAGUGAGCCACGUUGGAAGAAAGCCGAGUGCCCCUUAGGUCCUGAACAGUCCUAACAUGCAAAUGUAUUGUUAGUGUUUUGACAUUUAAACAAAAUGCACUGGGGUACAGCCAUGUGUAACAGAGGAAGAGCAAUAAUCCAUACUGGUUGUUCAGUCUCUGUGUCAUGACAAUUGUUAAACCAACAAGAACUACUCUCAUUAUUAAAGUUUCUCUGCAGUACUAUAA